CGCUUCCUGGUUGCAGUUGCAAAUCUAGCUUGUCACUAAACUGGUGACGAACCGAAAUGGAUUAUUACAAUUUAAUGACAAUAUGUGCAUUUAUUCAUUUGCUUGUUUCCAUACCACACGCAUACAGUAAUUAUGUUGAGAAUAAAGCUGGACAGUUUUUCAACAGUGGCCAUACCAACAACUGGGCAGUCCUGGUCUGCACGUCUAGAUUCUGGUUUAAUUAUCGGCAUGUGGCGAACACGCUGUCAGUAUACAGAAGUGUAAAGAGACUAGGCAUUCCAGACAGUCACAUUGUGCUGAUGCUAGCCGAUGAUAUGGCCUGUAACUAUAGAAACCCCAAACCAGCCACUGUGUUCAGUCAUAAGAACAUGGAGCUUAAUGUUUAUGGAGAUGACGUGGAGGUGGAUUACCGCGGAUAUGAGGUCACAGUGGAGAAUUUCCUGCGAGUCCUGACAGGGCGUCUCCCCCCCAGCACCCCUAGAUCCAAACGUCUGCUUUCGGAUGACCGCAGCAACAUUCUCAUCUACCUGACAGGUCACGGUGGAAACGGCUUCCUGAAGUUCCAGGACUCUGAGGAGAUCAGCAACAUGGAGCUGGCAGAUGCCUUUGAGCAGAUGUGGCAAAAGAGGAGGUACAACGAGUUGUUGUUCAUCAUAGACACGUGCCAGGGGGCCUCCAUGUAUGAGAGGUUUUACUCGCCCAACCUUAUGGCCCUGGCCAGCAGCCAAGUGGGAGAGGACUCGCUCUCACAUCAGCCAGACUUGGCAAUAGGGGUCCAUUUGAUGGACAAGUACACCUUCUACUUACUGGAGUUCCUGGAGGAAGUCCACCCCGCUAGCCAGGCCAACAUGAAUGAUCUGUUUAAGGUGUGCCCGCAGAGUCAGUGUGUGUCCACUCCGGGUCACCGUACUGACCUCUUCCAGAGGGAUCCCGGGAGCGUCCUCAUCACUGACUUUUUUGGAAGUGUCCGCAAAGUGGAGAUCACCAAGGACACCAUCAAUCUGAUGUCCUCUGUACAGCCGCCAAUACAGAGGUCUGGAAGUGGCGAUAUGCAAAUCGAAUCUUUGACGUAUGUGGACCAACUUCCAGUGGCUGAAAUUAUUCAUCAGAAACCCAAGCAGAAAGACUGGCACCCUCCUGAUGGCUUCAUUCUGGGGCUCUGGACUCUGAUCUUGCUGGUGUUCUUCAAGACCUAUGGCAUCAAACAUCUCAAACACAUCUUCUGAUUCAUCCCUCCCAGCACCGCAGAGGUCAAAGAACCCACCGCUUUCAUACGAGUCCACCCUAACUUUGUUCAUGAUUGAUUUGGUCAGGAAUAGGUUUUUAUUUAUUUCUUGAUGCAAGUUUGUUUUCUUUGGGUUUUGCUGUGUAUCAUUUUUUGAAAGUGACAUGCACUGACUUCUUACAUUCAAACAGUCUUUGUUGUUGGAGCUCAGUAGUGAAAUCCAUUUGAAUUUCACACAGGGACUUUCGUUUGAACUAAACACACACAGACAGCUUGCAGGGAGAAGCAUACUUCUUGUUUGUUUGAUAGUUUUUUGUUUGUUUGUUUGUUCUUCAAUUUCCAGUUAUAGUUUCAUCUCUUCAGCCCAGAGCAAAGUGAAAUUAUUUUCUAACAUUGUUAAUGGCACAUGUGGAAUUGUAACUUGUAAUGAGGGCAUGCACUUUUCCCAGAUUUCUUCAUUUGUUCUUAGUGGGCUGAGAUGUGUUUUUUUUUUUUUUUUUUAAACAGAUAAUCUAAAUUUAUAUAUGCAAUUGAUGAUCUGUUGUUUCAGUUGCACUUUAUAAUUUGCGUUCUCAUUAUUUAAUGGUUAUUUAAAGUGGUAAGGGACACUACUUUUCAGGGUACACAAAUAAUGCAUGGGUCGUAUUUUACCACAGAAAAUGAGUAAUUAUUUAGCAUAAAGAAAAUCAAGCCUAUUUUAGGAUCGUUGCUUUUUUUCUUCAUUAUCUUAAUGAAAAGAAACAUCUCAUUGUAAUUCAGAGAUGCUUUUUUAAUCAGCAUGCAUCCAAUUAAGUACAACAAACGAUUACAUGAUGUGCAAUCACUACUGUCCUUAAUUUAAAUAAUAUAACAUUUAUUUUCCAAUUAUAGCAAUGAGAAUGAAAUAGUUUUUCACACAUAUCAUUAAGCUGCUGGCAACUGACUGACAAGAAGUGGGUCGAAAAUGUCAUGAAAUUAGUAAAAAUAUUUCAUUUCUCCUAAAAUAGGCUUUGUUUUUUAAGCAAAAUUUCUUUCUUUCUUUUCUUUUUUAUGACUUGGACAUUUUCAUGAGAUCAUACUGGAAUAAUUGUGAGGAAUUAAUGGACAACAAACAAUAUUUCCAUGUACAGCAACCAAACAGCUCCAUUUGCCUGUGGCUAUGUCCUGUAUCUGUCCAUUAGCAUCUCCGCUGCACUUGAACUGUUACGAAUGUGCUCUAAAAGGGGUCGACCGAAUUCACCCCCAGCUACACAGCAAGUGUGAAUGAGAGAUUGACAAAUUGGACUGUCUAAUUCAGUUUUUUGUUCUGUCUGUCUAAUGCAUUAUUAACUGUUGGUAACUGAGGAUUGUUUAGUAGAGCAGAGCUCACAUUAAAAUAUUCACUGGCACUCAGGUUGUGUGAGGAACUGCAUUACGAGAAUUUCUACAGUGCCAUUUUGUCUUUUUCCCAUUUAUGUUCUCUAGCAUUUUGCUGUAUGUUUUUUUUAUUAUAAAACUGGCUAAAGGUGACGUUUUGAAUAAAGUCUACUGUGAAAAGUCUCUGAAAGCUUUUCAUGUUCUUUUCCUUUUAAAUUCGAAGAAAAGUAAAGCAGAAAAGCAGUGGAAAAAUAGCUGGAGCUCUUUUUUCUGCGUGAAAUGAAAGAGAACAAAGAACUCACAUUUUUACAAUGGAGAAGCAUUAUGAAAUAAACUCUUGUAACACAAUAAUGUUGAGUUGUAAGAGAGCUGUGAAUGGAUAAACACCUGCUGCUGUUACUAGUUGUGUUGUAUGCAAAUACCUUCCAUUAAGACAUUUAUUAGGCCAUGAAAUACAGCUUUCUUAAAAUGUAAAUUAUAAGAUGCCAGAUCUCUUAACUCACAAGUUAUUUUAACUAUGCUAAUUUCAUAUUUUAAUCAUGCACCGGUUGAUGCCAUUUCAUUAGUACCCAUUUAAAAGGCUUGCUUUUUUUCCACAGAAUUCAAUAAGUUGAAACAUGUUUAACGGUUGAUCCAAUACAGUCAAUAAAUAGAGGUCAGCAUGGAUUCCCUCUGCUUUCAAAGAUAUAUUACUCAUUUAAAAUCAAUACUUUAUGGUGAACAUGAUCUAUCCAUCUAUCUAUCUAUCUAUCUUUAUUUUUUAUUAAUAAUAUAAAUAUCGGUUUGAUGCAAGACCUUUUGGCUUUUUGUGCAAUUAUAAGCUGGCACAGAGGGAAUAUACAGAGUUCUUUUUGAUUCUGCAAUGAUUUUGUGAUGUGAAAUCAUUUAGCAUGUAAUUCCAGGGUUGGUUUAACUGCUCAUAUAUUUGAGGUUUAAUUAUAGCUCAGCACCCAGUGAUUUCAUCUCUCUG